CCCAGCCAGCAUUUGGAAGAAGCAGUCAGCAGAAGGCUGGAGAGAGGAGAGAGAGGGGGGAGAAUCUCACAAUUGGAAUCUUCGUGUUGGAGCAGUCACUGAUAAGAAUGCACUCCUUGAUUCUACUACUGAGCCUAACUCUCUCCGCUGGAUUUCAAACAUCAUCAGCAUUGUACUUGGAACCAUGCUCAACGUACAUCAGCCUGAAUGAGCCGUGGCGGAACACUGAGAAUCACAUCAACGAUUCAUUGGGGGCGCUCAAGUGUGACAACGAUAUGGACGGGCAGUGGUACCGUUUCACUGGCAUGUCAGGGGAUGCCAUGCCCACUUUCUGCAUCGAGGAGAAUUUCUGCGGCACCCACGCGCCCAUCUGGCUUAAUGGCAGCCACCCUAACGUGUCUGCUGGCAUUGUGUCCAUAGAGGCAUGUGCCAGCUUCAACAACAAUUGCUGUCUGUGGAGCACCAUUAUUGAUGUGAAGGCAUGCCCAAAGGGGUAUUAUGUGUACCGCCUGCCCAAACCCAAUUACUGUUUUCAUGCCUACUGUGGACAUUUCUAUGAUAUAUGCGACGAGGCAGAUUGUGUGGGGACCUGCUCAGGCUUGGAGGAGUGCCACUGUACUGAAGGAACCGUGCUUGGACCAGAUGGGCAGACUUGUCUAGAUGUCAACGAAUGCGAGGUAAAUAAUGGAGGCUGCAGUGAGAUCUGCCACAACCUGAAGGGUUCAUUCCAGUGUUCGUGCAUGGCUGGGCAUGUGCUGAGCAAUGACCAUGUGACCUGUGAAGACAUUGAAGGCUGUCACUAUAAUAAUGGAGGGUGUAGCCAUGUCUGCACGACUGGAGAUGAUGGGUACCAUUGUGAAUGUCCACGUGGUCUUGUCUUAUCAGAAGACACUCACAGCUGUUUAGUUCCUGUCCAAUGCAAGUCAGAUUCAAUUGAGGUGUCGGUGCCUAAGGAUUUGAUUGGUGGUUUAGAACUGUUUCUCUUGAACUCAUCGUGCCAAGGACUUUCCAAUGGAACUCACGUCAACAUCAACUUUAAUCUGAAAACCUGUGGCACAGUUGUUGAGGUUGUGGAUGAUAAGAUAAUUGCAACCAACACUCUGACAGGCAUUCCGAAGCAGACCCCAGGAAGCAACGGGGAUAUUAUCAUCCGGACCAGUAAGCUGGUGAUCCCCAUCGUGUGUGAGUUUCCUCGACGGUACACCGUGUCCGAAGGCUAUGUGCCAAACUCCUUGAAUUCUCAAUUGGAGAUCAUGAGCAGAAACCAUGGACGUUUCCCCUUUGCUCUUGAAAUCUUUAAAUCCAAGGAAUUUGAUGAAAUUUACAGAGAUGCACCACCGGUUCUCAAACUCCGCGACUCGCUGUACUUCGGGAUUGAGCCCCUCAUGCACGUGGAUGGGCUUCAGGCUCUUGUUGAGAACUGCUUUGCCACCCCUUCCCCCAAAAGUGAUGAUAUCAUGAGAUAUUACCUGAUCAAGGAUGGCUGUGUCAGUGAUGAUGCAGUAAAACAACAGACUUCCAGGGACCAUCUAGCAAAACAUUUCUACGUGCCUGUCUUCAAAUUUGUGGGAAAAGACAAUAAGAAGGUGUACUUGCACUGCCGGGUUUUGGUGUGUGGGGCUUUGGACGAGAGAUCCCGCUGUUCUCAAGGAUGUCGUGCACGGAUUCAAAGAUCUUCCGAAACAGAAGAUACAGGUCAUCUGAGAAACCAUGUUCUUACUGGUGGACCAAUAGUAAUCGACACCGAGUAGUGGAACUGUAGUGUCUAAACAUUAUACUCAAUCUAACAGCUUUGAAUUCAUUCGUAUUGUAUGCAUAUCCAAAAUGUAGAAGUUUGUUUUUGAAUCUUGUAAAGCACGCAUAGUCUCAUUUCAAUAAUAACAAUAAAUGUAACUUUUACUCAA